AUGACAGUAUACAUGGACAACUACUACACAAGCCCAGAUCUUCUGCGUGACCUACAUAUCCGAGGAAUAAUGGCCUGUGGAACUGUUCGAGCAGACCGAAAAGGUCUACCCAAAGAAUUACUGGCCGCGAAAGUUCGUCUCGAUAAACACGAGUAUAAAGUUGCACAGAAUGACCUGUUAACAUUUUGUGUAUGGCAGGACACAAAACCAGUUUGUGUUCUGUCCAACUUCCAUGAUCCGCAGCAUGUUGGACACGUGACAAGGAGGGUGGCUGCAGACAGGAAUCAAGUUGAAGUCCCUCGUCUUCUUGCGGACUACCAACAGCACAUGAAGGAUGUGGACUUGUGCGACCAGAUGAUUGGAUACUACCUCUUGCAUCAUCGUUCCAAGAAGUGGUGGCAAUCAUGCAAACAUCAGAAAAAGAAGUGA